UUUAAAUAAUCGAUAAAUACAAUUUGUUGAUAAGUGUAUCAUUGAAAGGCGAUAUUAUGACAAUCAGCGGAUGCGGACAGACAUAAAUAAUGGCUGUGAAAUUACGUCGUAGGGCGUUGAUACAAGAAAACCUGGUGAUUAUCAUAUUUUUGGCGGUUGUUCACUGUUUUGUUAUAUGGUUGAUUGUGGAAUAUACACAAUACGGCAACACCAUUGCCUGGAUAAAAGGAAAUAAUAUUGGAGGAUCACCUCAAAAGAUUGUUCUGGAAUUGAAAGUGGCAAAUGGGGUCAAUCUCUCACACCAACGUAUAAAGCCUAGAUCUUCAGAGCAUCGUUAUAGAGAUACAUCAAUCGGCGAUUCUUUGGAAACAUUUUUGAUGGAUUGUCGUCAGAGAGCGCUCGUACACGGGUAUUUUAGGCCGUAUAAAGGAUACCUAACCAUCGCUCUUCCUGCCGUUAGACGACUGAACGGCUCUACAAGACUUGUAGAGGACACAUUGAAUUCGUUAAUUGUCAGUACCCUUACAAAAAAUGUGCCGAAAAUUUUGAUUGUCGUGUUCCUGCUAACGGACGACCCAGUAUGGACUGAAAAGACAGGAAAUCAGCUGUAUGACAAAUACAAAGAGCAUGUCGACAAGGGGUUCGUGCAGAUUGUUCGAGGUCAUCGCAAUGGUCUCUCCAAAUUGUUUCCUUUCCCUGCUUCCGAGAAUUCGGAGGAAAGGCAGAGACAAGCUGAAAAUCUACAUUACCUUAACAUUAUGGCUUAUGCCAAAAACCUCUCCUCCUAUUUACUUCUUUUAGAUGAGGAUGUCCGAUGUCAAAGCAACUACAUCCAGAAGAUUUUUGGGUUUAUUCAAGCAAAUACUAAACCUAAUCGCGUUUGGUUUGUUUUGAAUUUCAGUCACAGUAAUUUGAUGGGACAGCUAACAAAAACAUCUGAUUUGCUUAAAGCAAUCAAACUUUUGAUAGUUUUGAGAUAUGACGUUACGUACGAGACUUUAAUCGAUUACAUAAGAGCGCUGAGAGGGCAACCCAAGAAAUGUCAAAUUAAAUAUCCACCGUUUCGAUAUGCAAAUAUGAAAAGGAAAACAUUUUUGCAUAAAAAUUUUACACAAUCUUAAGUUGCUCGUCGGUGUCAUGUACAUGUAGUUAAUUGAAUGAAACUGAGUAAACUGGGUGUUGAUUUGGAAUCAAUAUCAUUAUAUGUCCUACAUAAUCGGGGAUAAACAAAAUUUUAAAAUAUGGAUUCAAUAGAUAUGAUAUAAUUAUUAUGAUGAUUAUAGAAAUGUAUCACCAUUUUUCAAGUGAAAAUACCAUCAAGAAAUAAUCUCGAUUGAUUGUGUUAUACUUGUAUUUGACUUUGCCACUGGCAGGUAGUGAUGAUCUCACGGAAAUAAAUAUUGGA